GCCGCCAUCAUUGUUAGUGGCAGUGAAGUCUUUGUGGAGGGUGCGGAGGCGCAGCAGCGGAACUUCGUGAGGCAUCAGUCCGGGCCUCAGUGAGUGUCGUCCGGGCAGCAGCCAUGGUUCAGACGUGCUCAGCGUACGGUUGUAAAAACCGCUACCAUAAAGAUAAAGCCAUUUCCUUUCACAAGUUUCCUCUGGCACGCCCAGAUGUUUGCGGCAAAUGGGUGGCGGCAAUGAGGAGGAACAACUUCAAGCCGACAAAGUACAGCAACAUCUGCUCGCAGCACUUCACCAAAGACUGCUUCAAGAGAGAGUGCAACAACAGAGUGCUGAAGGAGAACGCUGUGCCAUCACUCUUCACCUUUAAUCUCAACAUCAAGUCGGAGUCCCUUGAGGAUCACUUCCCCUCUGAGAUCCGCUUUCCUCUCUCUCUGCCUCUGACCUCUGACCCAGCAGAAGAACAGGAGGAGGAGGAGGAGGAGGAGGAACCCAGGAGGAACCUGCUUGACACCCAGUGCGACACAGUGGCGGUCUCCUGUGACCAUAACUACACAGCAGAGGACUCUGCUCGGCAGAAGAAGCGCAUUGCGCAGCUGUUGGAGCAGUUGGGAAGUCUGAAGAAGAGGCUGAAGACGGCGCAGCAGAAGUGCCGGCGGCAGGAGAGACAACUUAAGAGGCUGAAGGCGGCAUGUGAAACACCAAGGACCUGCCGCAAGGCGCCAGCAGCGUGUGGAGAGGGAUACGUGAUUGUACCAAAACACAUUUACAACCAAUGCUGGGGAAACUACUUUGAAAGCAUAGCUUUGCAAGCUACCAGUUGUUUCACAGUGGAAGAAGUUGAACUACAGCAAAGCUACCCUCGGGAGAAAUCUAGUUUGGUUAACUAGAACUACUUAGAAAAAGUUGGAACUACUUAGUAAAAAAUGAUCAAAUUGACAAUGUACAUGUGAAACGAUAAAACAAAGAAGACAAGUGCAAGCAAAGAAUGGCACUCAAUUGAGUUUAUUGCAAAAAGUGUCCACGUUUUCAGCAAUCAUACAUAAACCAAAAACAAUAAAAUACCCCAAUAUUCAUGGGAAAGUGCAAGGAAUGUCAGCUUUGGUUUUGUGCACAGUGUCCAUCCUGUAUGUAACAUUACAAUAUAGCUGACUUGUCUAAUUUAUGCUAAAUUGGCGAGCAAAGUCAAUGUUAAAGGGAUACUUUGUUGAUUUUCAACCAGCUUUGUAUCAUAACAGUGUGGGUAGUAUGUGUAAAUGAACUGUGGUAAACUUCCCUCUAUCUUGUCAGCGCCCAUAUCUCCCUGCUCUACUCUCAACUCAAAUCAUGUCAUCCGGUGGAUAAUUGCUGGCUCUCUGGCUGUUGCUCUAACUAAAGAUUGUAUUUCCGCAUUUUUGUAUGCCCGCCGUCACCACGUACAGAGUAUAGAAGCUGAUUGAGAAAGAGAGCCGUCUCUCUCUCGCUCUCAAACUCGGAAAAUUCUAAACUGGAAAGUCUAAAGUGCUGAUCGAAUUUAAACCAAGAUUCUGUUACUUAAUUUCAUUUUUCUCACCUAAAAUUUCUCCAGAAACAUAUUUUAGUGCUCAGUUUGGCUGUAAUAGGAGAAUUUGUGAACAGGCGGUGGGUGCCAUACUCUUUCCUGUAUUGUAAAAAUGGAGGCUGAAAAAAAUGAAAUCAAAACUGAGAAGCACCGAUCAAAGAUUAACCAAGAUUCCGUUACUGCAUUACCUUUACCUCACCUGAAAUGCUUUCACAAACCUAUUUUAGCUCACAGUUUAACUGUAAUUCCUUUCAUUCUGUCAGCUCACAUUACCUCACCUACCAGCAGGGGCAUUUGUUGGUCUGGUGCAACGCAGUGCACUGUGGUACUUGUAGGUUUUUACCUCUUGAGACACAAAUCUCACAGCCCCUUUUCUCUGUUUUCUCUGGUCAUGUAGCACCAGUUUCAAAAAGAUUUUGUGUAUUUCUUUGGCAUAGACAGCCCAGUUUUAUGUAAAGGUUAUCAAUCAGUGAAAUACUUCUUUACCACACUGACCUUUAUAUGUUCUUAGAUUUGUGUUGACCGUCUUUGCAGUAGAGAGUAUAUUUACUCUUGGCUUGCAAAGCUCACAGGUAAAGCCGUGGUUUUGUCAGUUGGGCUAGUCAACAUCAUGUGUUUGCUUAAAUGCAAACGUUGGUAUUUUUUUAACCUGGACUGGUUUUUCCCAGGGUUUUUUUGCGGGGGUCUAAGUGGCUACUGGAGAAAACAAUUUUUGAAAUUAGUCCAGUGUUGAGAAAGCUGCAGCAGCAGAACAGGCUGCAAUGUAGGCCUAAUCCCUAUGGGCAAUUGUGCACCAUCAAUUUAUGUCCAUUAUACAUGCUUGUUUUUGCCCCUGACAGGCUCAGAUUGUUAUUUGAAGUGUCUUAUAAGAUUAUGGAAAUGACCAUACAGAGAAAUGAGAUGUUUGCCUUUACCUUUCACUGGUCUGUUUGUUGUUCUGAAAUCUGUAGAGGUGACUUGUUGCAGGAAAAACAACAUUGGAUAUGUUAGUGACAGUUGGAGAGAGGAGAGCCAGGAAGAGUUUGUUGUGUUGAAGUACAGAAAGCAUGGCUUACUGUUAUCUAACAGAUUUUCAGUGUCAUGGCUCAGAACAAGGCUUUUCCUUGAGUGACUUGGUCACAAUAACAGACCAGUGAAAGGGAAGGAAAAACAGUCAUUUCUCUGUCCUGUCUACAAUAUUGUCAGACACUUACAACAACAAUCUGAGCCUGUCAGUGACAAAUACAAACACUUUUAGUGGACAUUAAUCGACAUUGCACAGUCGACUGAAAAUACGGUCCAGGUUGAAAGUACUGAAGUUACCCAUAUAGUAUGGCCAUGGUGAUUCUUCUCCUGGCUGAGGUUCUGGAGGUUUAUGCAUGAUGAUGCCGUGGCUGUGUAAGCACCUAGCAACGCUCAACCUUUUGCACAGGUGCUUCACAAAGGUGAAAGGUCAAGUGUGCGAUGGUGACUGCCUUACAAAUGCACUGCAUGAACAAAGUGGUCAGGGUGAAAGAAAAAAGGGGGCAUAGCUGGUCAAAGGUUGUUUAAUUACAGAAGAGAAGCCAUGGGGAAAAAAAACAUUUAUUUCCUUUGUGACCCAAAAUUGUUUGUAGUUUCAAUAGUUAACUACCAAAAAAAGUAAUUAAAAUGCUUGAAUCACUAUGCAAAUAUCAAUGUAGUUAAACCACUAGUUUAAUAACAUGUAGUUCACUACUCCAUUACACUGUCUCACACACACUCAAAAGGCAUAGAGGAACAAGGAACAGACAGACAAGUAUGGUCAAACUAAGCAGCAGAAUAAGGAUCAAUCUCCUAUCAGUCAGCAGCCGGGCAGACUGCUGAAGAGCUGCUGAGCAAGGCAGCAAACCGCUGAGCUGAGCUGAGCUGAGGGCUCACUUGUACAGGCCAUAACAAACUCCCUGCAUAUCUUUUUUUCAGUUUGAGCUGUGGUAAAAUGAUCUAGGGACUGUUCUUUACUUAGCAGAGGAGGGGGUGGCUGGGGUGUGACUUUUUUUCCCUGUUUUUUUUUUUUUUUUUUUUUUUUACACUUUACCUGAAGCCUAAAAUGUUAUUCCUCAAGCCUUCCUCUGUGACUGGCAGAAAAUCCAUGACCCUCACUCCACCAUAAAUUAGUUAAUAGUUUUUAAAACUUAGCCCUUGAUGUUUUUAAGUUAAAAGUUAAAGACAAAAUCCUGGAGUUAAAAAAAGCCUUGGUUAUUCACUCAUGUCAUGCAUGCUGGUUACUUCGUGCAAACCGUUUAUUUCUGGUCCAGUUUUAAAUGAGACGUAGAAUAAAAUGAUUUUGGUGAUUUUUUUUUUUUUUAUUCCUGUCGCACGUGAUGUGUCCAAGGACUGUCUGAAAUGUGAAAAUCCAAUAACAAUUUCUGUUUUUACAGUGUCUGGCUAUAAAUGGUGUAAUUUUGGCUUUUUUUCUUUUUUUUAAAAGACAUGCCUUCCAAAUCUAUGCAAGUUUUCUUUAAAAAUUGGCGGUAAAAUAAAUACUAAAUACAGACAUUUAUCUUUGUAAGUCCCUCCCCUAAGCCAAAAUAAAAAACAUAAGUACCUCUCCAGUGCUUAGAAAAGUA